CCCACAAUAUGUAUAUUUCUUUUAAUUUAGCACAAACAAAAAAAAGAAAUAUGGUGUAAUGGUCAUAUUUCCUGUGAAUCACUGAACGAAUGUAAUCACCACACUGAAAAAUGAAUCCAAUUUGGAGAUUACAGCACGACAUCAGAAGAACUCGGGCAGAUAAAGAAAAACGAGCACGUCAACAAAAAGAGCUGCUGCGACAUCGUGAGGUGAAGGAUCAAAGACGAGAGGAUGCUAUUGACCGCGAACGUCAAAGAUGUGUUUCUGGACAAGAGUCUCCAAAUGACGUGAAUGAUGAGCAAGAGAAGGAGUCUUCGUCUGAAGUAUUCCAGCGUGAAUUAUACUGGUGUAUUCAACAGCUUGAACAAGGACUGGCAAACGUCAAAUCGUCCUCUAGGCAAGGGAAAGAUGCAGAAAAAUUAUUACGCACUCUGAAGUCCCAAAAAGCACCAAUGGUCAAAAAACGACAGGUGAUGCGGAUGACAUUUGGUGAUUACCGCAAGAAAAUGAUGCAAGAGAAACAGAAACAUGAAAAAAAAACAGUUGAAGCUACUUUAACACCGGUAGCCUCUGAUCAGCAGUCACUUUCCACCUUCUUCAGACAUGCUCAUCGGCCACUGAAGCUCAAAGAAGAAGAGGUUGUUGACGAUACAGUGCAACAGAACAAAACCCUAACACAAUUUAAUACGGAUGUUAAAGAGAAAAAAGAUGGUGAGAAAAUUGUGCCAUCUCCAAAGAUGGAAGGAACGGACUCUAUACCUGAUGGACAAGACUCAUCAGUAUUUAUGUUCAAUUUUGACAUCGAUAAAAAUCUGUUGGACUCGCAAAAUGACGAUGAUAAUCAGACUUUUUCAGAAAAAAUGAAAUCUGCGGAAAUUGAUGAUUCCGGAAAUAAUGGAAAGAGGAAGCAUAAAGGAAAGAAGAAUAAGCAUAUGAAAGAUUCUCAAAAAGUUAAAACAAAUGAUGGACAUGAUAAUGUUGAAGAUAAGAAAGGGGAGUUAAUCACGAAGGAAUCAAAAGAAGAAACGAAGGACAUCGAUCAAAAGGAGUUUUUGAUUGAUGGCAGUGGAGAUAUACAGAAAGGAGUUAUGAAUCUGGAAUUGACUGGCGAAACUAAUUAAACAUAUUCAAAUCUACUUUAUUUAUUUAGAGCAGACCCGAGUAGCUGUCAUGUGCUCAAUCACACAAAAAUAAAUUAUGAAAUUCUCAUAGUUAUCUCACACAGUUUGAAAGUUUAAAUCACACACUCAUCACAUUUGGCUGACCCCUUCACUGUUUGUUGGCUUUGAAGUGCUUGGACUUCUUUUAUACCUGGAUUUGCUAACUUGUUUUUUUUUUUUUUUUAAGUCAUCAGAGGAGGGUGGAAUAAAUAUUAGUAUACAAAUUUUGUUUUCUUAUUUAGCAAGUAGUUUUGCCAAAAACAUAAAGACGGAGGAGAAAAUAAAUAUAAAAUUUUUAUAGGGGAAUGUAAACAGCGUAGUAAUGGGAUGAUUAAAUGCUUGAAAUUUAUAUAAUUAAUAAGAAGAAAUACAUAUUAUUUUUGGAGAUUUCAAGGCAGCAGUGGGCGUAAUAAAAAUUUAAAAAAAAAUUUUUUUUUUUAUUUCCAUUUUUUGUGGCGGCGCAUGCUCUAAUUGGCCAAAAAUAAAAUUUUAUUUUUAUUUGAAAUCAUCGUUAUUGGCGGUUGGCGGGUUCGUCAAAGAAGGUAUAAAAAGUCUUGAAUAAUGCCUAUUAUUACAUUCCCAAGCUACAUGUACAAUAUCAUAGUAAACUUCCCACAUUACCUUACAUUAUAGAGGUGCUUGCCUCCGAUACCUUUUUUAUAUUCUCAGGCUAAAUGUACCAAGAACGGGAACAAAUUCUACCAAACCUUGUAGUGCUUUCAAAAUGUACUUUAUACAGUAGUAAUUUUCACAAUUACCAUUAAAAUUAUAUAACAAAGAAAUGUAUACCUAGUUUUAAUACAUUAUAGAUAUUUUAUCAUUGUAGAAACUUGUAAAAAAGUUUGAAGAUGUGAACUCUGUCUAUUAUAUUAUUAUAUGUAUUGUUAUGUAAUUCUUAAAAAUGAAUUGGAGGUGUAUAGAUACUGUAUUCAGCUCAUGCUUUUAUUUCCAUAUUCAAGUAAAACGACCAAAUAUCUGUAAUGUGAUGAGUCCUUGUGAUUUUUUGAGUACAUUAGAACCUCUCUUUUGGGACACCCCUUUAACAUUAUAGCCAACACCCCUAGUAGUAGACACCCCUAUUUAAGAGGACACUUUUUCUAGUCCUGAAGGUGUCCCCCUUAAUAGGGGUUCUACUGUAGAUGUGAUGUUUUCUUUCCUGAUGCGUUGUCUUACUGAAUAUUCAGUACGUUCCCAAAUACUUGCGAAAAAAUAAAUUUACAAGUGAUUCAGAUGGGAAUCGAACCCACUACCUCGAGAUAACUAACCUGGUGUCAUAAUGACUAGACCACCGAGCUUGUACUUAAUGACUAGUGUUAAUUCCAAUCGCCAAGCAGCAGCGGUGACUGCAAUGCUGUUUCAAUGUGUGUUUGCACCAGGCAAAAUACCAUGGGAGUGGUAUUUUGCCCUACUUAAUGUGUUAUCGCACCGAAUACUCUGUAUGUUACCAAGUACACUGUGCCUUUACCUUUAUGUUCAGUUCAUAGGAUUCAUUACUUGGGUGAUGAACUGAUGAUUACGUAAUACUUUUGUUCAUAUUGUUAUUAGUUCAAAUAAAUAUUUUAAGAGGUGGUGUGACAACAAAAUCUCUGCAUCUGUUUCAACUUGAAUUAGACUCGAUGUAACAUUCGCAAAUGGACAGCUUGUCAAACAGUCCGUCAUCUUUUGCUUGCAAACUAGGAGUUACGACCUCUGCUAUGAACUGUGCGCUCACAUGUACACCUCUAAAUGCAAUGCAAUCUAUUCACAGGACUAGUUGUGGUCAGUAAUACUUUUAAGAACAUUUUCUGCAAUGCAUGUAGUUUUUGGUUCCUAUGUAGCAGCCUAGGAAUGAACUUGAUAUGUAAAUGUGUGUGUGUUUGUUACACUGUGUAAACAUGCAAACUUUAAAAACUGUAAACAUAUUGGCUCUAAAUUUUAGUGUUGACUUUCACAUUUUAGGCAUUUCAUUGCCUAUUGUUUUGCGAUUUUAUGGUGAAUAUCAAAGCUCCACGAUGUGCAAAUCAACCCCCCUCCACUAAUCUUUGCUAUUAUUUGUUGUGUAUAAUGCAUGUCUGCUGUACAUAUAUGCCAAGGUCAACCUUGAUUUGUAGUUGACAUGACUGUGUACACACAUGGGGAUACUAAAUGUAUUUGUGGAAUUCUUCCUAUUUAUCAUCAAAGGUUUUAACAUAAACGUAUACGUGUAUUCCAUCACUUGUAAAACUUCCUUUGUAUAAGAAUCGUAAGCCCGGUUUCCAUAAAAUCGCUUCACGGUCUCUAAAUCGUUUUCACUGCAAACCUUGCAUCUUAACCACUAAGCCAUUCAUAUCCACUCCAUCAUCUGCCCAUACAAGCCAGAAAACACCCAGAGGUCAUCGUCGCAGGCUUUUUCACAUGCCUGUAUUGUUACACUCUACCCCAAAUCUGUUGUGAACUUUCCGUGGACUCCUUUGAAAUGCACCUUCUACUGCAUUCUUAAAAUUUAAGAAUCUCCUUUGUACAGUACAUAAAAUAAAUAAAUAAAUAAAUGGGUACUUGGUAGAAUGUCGUGGUAUGUGAGUUAUUUUAGUGUGUACAUAUGCACCACAGAAAAGGUGUAACACUUUGUGCUCAUUGGCUAGUGUAUGUUAUCCAAUAACGCUCUUGCACAUUUUUUUGUAAUUAUCGGUUUAUAAUGGACGUUCUGCUAAGCCCCGCCCCAUGGAUAUUGUUGCCAAGACCACACACGUAUUCCUGGUCCUGUUCUGAUUGGUCAGUUGUUCAGUGUGAUUGACACUCCAGAAAAGUCUGGUGUUGCCACAUGAAUCCGUAGAGUUGUAAUUUUUUCCACUCUGUCUAAAUUAUUUAUUAUUUAUAUUUUUUUAAUUUUUCUGUAAAACACUUGGAGGUGUUAUAUUCUAGCAUUGCAAUAUGGGUUUACUUUUUAAUAUUACAAAUUUUAGCUAAAUCGUGGUUUCCAUAGAAUCGCUACACAGUCGCUACAGCGUUUUCACUGUAAUCAUUGCACUGCGUAGCAUCCGUUCCCUACGCGAUUGGGAACGCUCCCUGAUUUAGCUGACCAAUCAGCUUCAACAAAAGAGCCAGCGAUAGCGUGUAGCAAUUUUUGAGGUAACCAGGCUUACCAUGAAGACAGCGUCUACUUAUUUGCAUGAUUAUUUUUUUCAGGUCGUAUUUAUAGUGUAAUCAUACGCACAAAAUUUUAUGAUUAAACAUCAUCAUGUUUUUUUUCCACCAGAAAGAUCAACAUUGUUAUUGUAAUAAAGUGUCCUGUAUUCUGUUGGUAGACAUUUAGUCGGUUGCUAUGAUAUAAAAAAAAAUGGUUACUAGAAUUUAUGUUGGUGAUAUGGUGCGUUGUAGAGAAUAUAUAGUAUUUUUAUAUACUGUAUAGCCCUCUUUUAAGCUAUGAAAAAGUCUAUUUUAUAUUGAAAAUGAUAUAGACAACAAUAAUGUUAGAGGCAUUGUUCAAUAGAUUUUGCUUUUACCCUUUUUACACAUUUCUGGCUGUAAAUUUGAGGAUUUCGACGAAAUCCUUCUUAAAAAAAACUUGUUUUGAUUUGUAAUGUGUGUAUAUAUAUGAUUAGAUUAUAAUAACAUUCUGUAUUAUUUUUGCAGAUUCUAUGUACAAAAUCUAAAGUGUUUAAUCUUGGCCUAAUCUGUAGGUCUUUGGUCUUAGAUUAAAAGAAAAGACUGUA